AUGGGUAUUUCAAUCACCGACGACUCAAACUCGAAGCAACCUGACAUCUCGUACCACCCCGACAAGGCCAAGUAUCAUGCGCGUACGGCGCGUCGUCUGGCUGAAGAUCCCUCUCUUCCGGAGGUUGCCCUCCCUGAGGGUUUCCCUCCUCGCGUGGAAGGGCCUAUCGUCUGGGAGGGCAAAGACUGGACGAGCGAGGACCAGUGGGUGUACCAGCUUCGUGACGCCGAGCUGGAGGAGAUCGACCGGGCACUCCAGUAUUUCAAAGGCACGGGAAAACCACUAGGCUACAUAAGCAGAGAGACGUUCCCCCUUCCUACCUUAAGCCCCACCCUGAAGGACCUCGCUCGCGAGCUCUAUUCUGGCCGGGGAUUCUUCGUCUUACGAACCAUCCCAAUCGAGCAGUACACCAAAACAGAAUUGGCGAUCCUCUACGCUGGUAUAUCCUCACACGUCGGCUCCGCCCGAGGAAAACAAGACUCCACCGGGUCCGUCCUCGCGCACAUCAAAGACCUCACCGUCAGCCACGCCCACGAGCAAGGCGGGAUCGGGAACUCGGCAUACACGACGGACAAACAGGUCUUCCACACCGAUGUCGGGGACCUCAUUGCCUUGCUGGCUAUCCAGUCUGCUGCUGAGGGCGGCGUGUCGAGGAUCAGCAGCGCAGGGAAGGUGUACAAUGAUAUCGCAGCGACGCGCCCUGAUAUUAUCCGUACGCUCGCGGAGCCCUGGCCUCUGGAUAGCUUUGGUGGAUCUCCAGGGUACACGACGCGUCCGCUCCUCUUCUACAACGAGGAAGACGGACACGUCAUAAUUCAGUACUCCCGACGACAUUUCACGGGGUACGGGUUGCAGAAACGAAGUCUGCAUAUACCACCCAUCUCCGAGGCUCAGGCGGAAGCACUCGAUGCGCUGCAUUUCGCCGCUGAGAAGCAUUCCUUGGGGUUGAAUUUCCAAAAGGGCGAUAUUCAAUAUAUUAACAGUCUGGGCUUGUUGCAUUCCCGGGAUGCGUUCCGGGAUGACGAGGAGCAUACACGACACCUGAUCCGGCUGUGGCUUCGCAAUGACGAGCUCGCUUGGAAGACGCCAGGGCCUCUGCAACAUAUAUGGAAGAGAUUGUACUCUGUUUCUCCUGACGAUCAGAGAUUUCCGGUUGAGCCUGAAAUCAGGAGGAAGGAGAACGGCGCGACGAAGUGA